AUGCAACUCAUUAAAGAUGACGAUAUGGCUCAAUAUCACAAAAGAGACUUUCAUCAAAAAAGUCUUUUAACAAGUUCUGUUGGACAGAAGCAGGAUCGCGAAAGAUACAACGCAAGAAGCUAUCAAGAAUAUAAUAGCGGGAACAUAACAAGAAUUUCAAAUGGAAGAAAGAGGUUGUUAAUCAAGAAUUUGAUAAUAUAUGUUAAUGAAAGUAUUAAUGACGAUAAUGAUGAAGGCAGUAAUGAUGAAAAUGAUGGUGACAAACAAUGA